GUAUUUUGACGCCCGAACCAGCCGUAACCGUACAAUCGAACAGGUUCCGCCGCCGCGACGUGCAUUUGUUGAUAAAUGUGAAAAAGAAAAAAAUAUGUACAAAUUUUUGAUAAACACUGUGAUCAUUCAUUUACUUACUUAUACUAAAACGGAACAGUAUUUUGUGUUGUUUUCUUGAAUACAUACAUACAUAUGUACAUCCGCAAUACCAACUCUUGAAACUGGAAGAAAACAGAUGCUCUAGCAACGUAUUGUACAGAUGACGUGUGGAAUGUGCGUUGUCGUAUACAUAUGUACAUACCUACAUAUACAUACUAUACUAUAUGUGUGAAUUUACAUACUAAGAAUUGAACAAAUUGAUGUCAUUCUAAAAUGAGGCUCACUGUGUACAUUGCGAAAGGAUAGACGAACCACAUCGGCGAUAUUACCAUUACCAACAGCAUAGUAUUAUUAUCAUACACAGAAACUUGAUGGCCAUGUUGAAGAAACAUGAUAAUAGAGAGUAAACCAAAUUUUCCGGCCAAUUAUCGAAAAGCACCGAAAAGGUGUAAUCUGUAUAAAUGCGGUUGCGUUACAAGGGGUACAAAAAAUGGCUUGGCCUGUAGACAGAUACACUUGUAUCGCGAUAGGCCGACCUGUUCUAGAUGGAUUCUUUGCCACUGUUAUUUCAGUCGUACCACAAAUAUAAUAGGUGCCAAACGGCCGGCAGAUACUUUGAUAUCAGCGUCGAGUACAAAUCAGAUUGAAUCCAAGCUUGCUAUAGUGCAUACUCUUGCCACUACAUUUCUAAAGUAUUCGUUGUACAAUUUAACACAGGUAUGCUUAGUCAUUAUAUUCCUAUUGCCAUUCCUGAUCCUGCAAGCCAAUGGUCAAGCUAUUUUUGGCCCAAUGUCAAAUUCAAAUGCUUACGUUAACGACAAUGCCCAUACGCUGCAAGCUAGCGUGGAAAUUGGCUAUAACUACACGAGUAUGCAAUUACAAAGUUCAAACGGUGGAACCCAGAGCCGUCUAAACAAUCAACAACUACAAUCAACUGAAACUCAAACCAAAAGUAACAACAUUAAAAGAAACAUAAAUGAUAUCUCCGCUCAACAAAAUAGUUUAAAAAGUAGUAGAGGAGGAGGAGGUGAGGGAGAGUCGCCGUUUAAUACAAGUUCAAAUAUAUAUAGUCUGAUUAUUCUAAGCCACCCUGAGACCCAGUCGACCAACUCAAAUAUUUCAGCAAUGGAAGUUGAGAAUAAGUUGAAGAAUAACAGUAUUCCAAUUCCAAUUGAGAAUAUCCGUAAAAGAUACAAAAGAAAUGCCGGCCAGGAAGCCAAGAGCCACAAUAAUACAAAAAAUUAUAACAACAAGUCGCCGAACGGUAACCGGAUUGAUGAAUCAAAACUUAAGCGACUGGUAAUGAAUGGUCUUGGAUUGAAGAAGCUACCAGAUAUGAGAAAGGUGAACAUAAGCCAAGUAGAAUACUCAAGAAAAUACGUUGAAUACUUAGACCGCCUUAGAACCAAUCAUGGAAGAGGGGUCAGCUAUUUAAGUGACGACUCUGGAGCGUCGUUCCCUCUCACGGAUUUACACAUAUUAAGCAUUGUAACUAAUAGUUUUAACGACAUAAGUCAGAAACGAUGGCGUCAUAAGCGAUCUGUCAAAAACCUGGGCGGAUUAAGACAAACAAAGAGAAGAAAAUCGAAUGAGAACAUCCAAUUUAACCCAAGUGAUAAGACCAAUAUUCUAUUGCACUUUCCGCUGACAAACGUAAAUGAUGCCAACUUUCACCACGAUAAAAUUGAUGAGGCUAAUAUAAGGCUAAUGCUACUCUAUAGUUCAGCCCUUGCGACCAAUCGACAAUGGCAGGCAACCGCAACUGGCAAAAGAAAAUUCAAUCGGAAUUUCGGUAAUGAUAAUUCGAUGAAGAACAAGAACAACAAGAAUUGUAAUGCCAGCGAUGACGAUGGAGAUGGCGAUGUCAUUGACAUUAACGCUGAGCAGCGUAACGAAUCGAAGAGGCGAGGGCGGGUCCAUAGCCGCAAAUUGAAUCUCAAAGUAUAUCAGCUUCUUUCUUCAAAUAGACGAAGGCUGCUUGCGUCCCGGAAAAUAGAGUUCGAAAAUAUGCAUUACGAAGAAACCCGCACCCAGUGGCUGGAAUUUGAUGUGACCAAAGCUGUUCGCGGUUGGUUAAACAAAAGUCAUGAAAAUUUGGGUAUAGAGAUUCAAUGCGAUAGAUGUAGGAGUAUAGGAGCGCGCAUAUUAAGCGAUGUCAGCCCGUCCGCUCCAUUAAUGACAGCAUCUGCCAAGUCAGCAUCCGCGGACAGUGACCGGUUUCAUCUUAUGCCAGUCCUAAAUAUCAUCGGUCACGGGGAUAUGCAAAGCCAUCGUGAAGGUGACGUCGGAGUCGGAGUGCAACACUUAGUGCUGACUAAUAAUAGAAGCGACAAUUAUUUUCAUCAUCGUUCGGACCAAGAUAUGGGCUGGCGUAGGGAAAAGUGGAAUAAUAGUUGCUACAAAGUGCACCAGCGAUGCUGUAGACAUCAGUUGGAUGUGGUCUUCAAGGAAAUUAAGGGCUUUGAGUUCAUAUUACAACCCAAAAUGUUUGAUGCAGGCUAUUGCCAUGGCCGCUGUCCACCCCGCCACAACCCUGCCCAUCAUCAUGCCCUCUUGCAAAGUCUUAUAUGGCAACAAGAUAGCAGUCGAGCGCCUCGUCCAUGCUGUGCCCCUUCAAAGCUCGAAGUCCUAGAAAUAUUGCAUGUGGACGAAGAGCACACCGAUAAGCUAAAGAUUUCAACGUGGAGUGACAUGCAAGUUCUGGAAUGUGCCUGUUCAUAAAUCAAUUAAAAUCUAUGCAGACGAGACGUAAAUUGUCUAUUUUUGUUUUUGUUUUUGGUAGCUUAUAUGUUUUUUACCAAAACUUUUCGCAGCAUUCAAAUCCAUUAAAAAACAAACCAUUUAUGGUAAAAGC